UGAUAUUCAACACAGCAAGCACAUUUUUCUACUGGGAUUGACAGUUUCUAUUUCUGCUCUAAUUCACCAGGUCCUGCCUCCUCGGAUUCCCACAUAUUAAAUUUUUAGCACAAGUUCCUAGAAUUUCUUCCUCAUUUCAGUUUUUCCUACAUAAAAAUGAAUGAGCAGCCCAUAACUUUUACCACGCUAAAUGAGAACUAUCAGCAGAAACACACAAUGGAAAAAGGGGGUUGUUCACCUUUUCCAUGGAGGUUCCUUUCUAGUGCACUUGGUGUCGUGUGCCUUCUCCUGAUGGUUGUGGUCAUUGCAGUGGCUGUUUUUACUACAAACUCAUUUUCUGAAAGAACAUCUCCCUCAAUCCAACAAAAAGAGGAUCUUUGCCUAGGACCUUGCUAUCAUCCUUGUCCAAAGAAUUGGGUCUGGUUCAGAUGCAGUUGUUAUUACUUCUCCAAAGAACAGUUAUCUUGGAGAGAGAGUCAAAAUGCCUGCUUAUCUCUAAAUUCCAGCCUCUUGAAGAUAAACAGAGAUGAGAUGAAUUUAUUCUCUUUAAACUCUUUCUUUUGGGUUGGAAUUUACUAUAAUGAAAUUUGCCAUCAGUGGCUAUGGGAAAAUGAUUCAGUUCUACCCCCUGAUAUGUUUUGGGUUCUUAGACCUCACAUGCAACAAACCUGUCUAUCUUACAAAUCAAAAGAAGUUUAUUUACCUGAAAAAUGUGAAGAGAAACAAACCUACAUUUGCAAGAAGCACCUUAUUUAUCCUAUAAUGUCAUAAGGGAGAUGAAAAUUACUUUUAUCUUAUUCCAUGUACUGACAGCACUGCCAGUUUUAUAGACAAAAUAAUGUAGAUUUACACCUUUGAUAUAAUAAAUAUGGUACCUUA